AUGAGCCGGAAGGGAAACAAACAACCGGGUAUUCCACCCAUCGAAGUGACUUUAUCGACGAUUUUGUCGGCGUCUAAGGCACUUCCACAACAAAUUGAGUCAAACAACUUUUCGGAGAUCAUCGCCUCCCUUCAAAAGAUACUCCUUCCACUCUCUGUGAAAUACCCGUCUUUACAAUACCACCAAAUUUAUUUGACGUGUUCCCCAUUUCUCGACCUCUUCCAGAAAUAUCUCCAGACAACCAAAACGGACUUAGACAUCAUCUCUUCAAUUGUCUUGUCGAUCCCAGACGCCGUUGUGCGGACGUACUUGUUUAUAAAUAUUUGUAUAGCUUCGGUCCAUAAAGAACUCCACUGCCCCAAUCGAACACUCAGCGCUUUGUUAAUGGUUGUUAAAACGGUGAGUGUCCCUCUAUUCAGACUCUUCAUCUUAAAUCAUCUGUUCGAGCUUUCUGUGGAGAUAUAUAAGGAUAAUGAAGUGCUCACAGUACAAUAUUUACUCGCUCAUAUUCCAUUGUCACUUGCUGCCGUGUCCUUAGUGUUGUCGAACGACAGAAUCCCAUCGGACCACACUGCACCAUUAUGUUCAAUUGCGUUGAGGCCAUUGAGACUUCUGUCGACCAUUGGAAUUACUCCGCCGCUCUUCAGAUCGAUUAUGAAAACACUCCACCCCGCAUUGGUGAGUGCACACAAAACAGCAACGGAAUUUUUCUUCCUUAUCCUCACACAGACGUUUCAACUCAAUUUACAGUUGGUUUGUAUGCCAGAGAUCAUCACGACGUUGACCGCACCACAAUGCGACGUCGACUUGAAAAUGUGUUUGGGACCCUUCAUCGACAAAUUGGCGACACUUCCGCCAGAGGAACAUUACGACGUGAUCAAUUUGAUGCGUUCGAAAAUCGUUGCGAACGUCCAGUCUGCACUAACUCCUGCAAACGAUGCCGCGCUGUUAGUGGUGUCUUUAUAUAAAACAGUACUCAGUUGGGUGAACGCAGAAAUGGUCUGUAAAUACACGGGAGACACAUUCGCUGCUCUUGACAUCAUUGCGGGGAGUAUUCCGGCGCCGACGUCUGUGCAAUUCCACAUUUGUAGUUCUCUUGAAUUAGCAAUGAAGAAGAUGCCUUUGAUGAAUGUGCUGAGGACAACCAUGAUGACAAAUUUAGUCGAGAAAUUGUCCGAACCCAACAAGAAGAAGAUCUCUCGAAUGAUUAUAGAGAAUCUCCAAAAGCAGUACCUCUUCCUCAAAUCAUUUAAAGACGCAGAGUACAUAUUAGAUUUGGUGAAACCGAUGUUACACCCGGAUUUGAACGAUGUUGACGGUAUGAAUGACCUCUCACUGGGGCUCUCUGUGUUCUCAAGAAUUACCAUUGGAAACAUGGGAGUAGUUCCUCUGACACUCAAAUUGAUCGACACACACAUUGACUUGGCUCUUGGUGAAAUUGCGUUGAAAUCUGCGGCCGAGGCCGAACUCCGAUUAGUCAAAAAAGCGCAUUCGGACUCGGAGAAAUACGUGUUGUUUCAAAGACUUUUGAGUCGUGUGCAAUGCUUGAUGAGUAAAGACGUCUCCUCUGCGGUUGGGUUGUCUAUGGAAAUGGUCUUAGCUGGGGAGAGUGUGUCGUACAAGCACUCCAUUUAUUUCUAUGAAGUUGCCUUGUCGCAGAUGGAAAUGCUUAGUGACGACUUCUUGCGAGCGGAGUGUCUUGAGAAGAUCAUUGGUGCGACGAGUUUGAUGACACAGAGAGGUGAUUAUCUUGACUUAGUCAACAUGUUACAGAAGUAUGCGAAGUCGAUCAUCAAUCGUCCAAGGAAGUGCAAAGAGUUGUUACAAGUCGUUCAUUUACUGAAGAGUGGGUCUGACGAGGAGAUCAAAAAGAUUAUAAUAGAUGUGAUGGAAACUGCCAAGAAUUGUGAAAUGGAGUGUGCGGAGCGAUUUAGGGUUGAAGCGAUCAAUCACUUAGUGUGGUGUGUGAAGAGGGUUGGAUUUAGUGACAAAGAGUUUACGACAAAAAUGGUUGCCAUUGCGCAAGAAGGUCUGAACGACAUCUUCCCACAACAAGUCAAAAACGCGUUUCUUAACGCAAAAGCAGCUUUGACUGAAUUGAACGCUUUAAGUUGUUGUUUUUAA